AUGGUUAAUUUUAGAUAAAUCAUGCAAAUAGUCCUACGCAAAUUUAAUGAUAAAUUGAAUGUUUCAGCCUCUGCUGCUAUGCUAAUUGCUUGUUUUUGCCUAUACAAGGCCAAAGCUAAACCCACUUUGCCACUUGUGAAAAUUAGCAAUUUUAUGUUAGUAUUACAAAAGAAAUUAGUUGAAGAAGUCAUUUAUGAUGGAUCUCACAUUUUAUUUAGAUGCGUCAAUCAAGCCCAAUGGUUAUCAACAUAGGCUGAUCCCAUGAUCAAGGGAAAAGAAUUGCUGAAAGCAUUGAUGGAAUACGGUGUUCCUAGAUUCUAAAAUUGUACUCAGAUCUAUUACACUGAAAGAUAAAUGGUGUAUCUAAUAGCCAGCAUUGCAGCAUUAUCAUAUACAUUUGGCAUUAUGGCAUCUCAUAUCAUCAAUUCACAAAAGCUUUCAAAUAAAUCCAUGAUUGCUUAGUCAACGGGUGUCAAAUUUGUCAAUAUUUAUGGACUAGAACAUGCAAAAAAAUAACUCUAAUAAAUCAUAGAAUACUUAUAAGACCCACAGAAAUUCAGAAAUGUAGGUGCUAGAUUGAGGAGAGGAGUCAUGAUUUAUGGUCCUCCAGGAACAGGAAAAACUAUGCUUGCCAAGGCUACAGCAACAGAAAGCAAUGUGUAGUUUUUAUAUUGUUCAGCAACGGAAUUCAUGGAGGUCUAUGUGGGUACUGGUCCAAAGAGAGUAAGAGAAUUGUUCAAAAAAGCAAGAGAAUUGGCCCCAGCCAUUAUUUUUAUAGAUGAAAUUGAUAGUAUUGCAUAUAAAAGGAAAAAUUAAAAUUUUGGUUCUGAAACUGGUGGGGAUAAUGAAAGAGUAAGCACAUUAAAUUAAUUGCUUACAGAGUUAGAUGGUUUUAAAGAGAAUGAAAAUAUUGUUGUUAUUGCAGCAACCAAUAGAAUUUAGAUAUUAGAUGAGGCUCUUCUGAGAAGUGGCAGAUUCGAUAUCAAAAUAGAAAUCGAGAUGCCAUCAGAACAUGAUAGGAAAGGAAUUCUUGGUGUUCAUUUAUAAAAUAAAAAACACUAAAUAUCUUCUGGAAUGGUUGAAUUAGUAGCCAAAAAUGCUAAUGGUUUCUCUGGAGCUGAUAUGGAAAAUAUUACAAACGAAAGUGCAUACAUAGCCAUUGAAAAACAAUAGGAAUUCAUUAUUGACGCAGACUUUUAGGAAGCCUUCAAAAAGGUGACCUAAGAGAAACAGAACUUUAAGGAUAUAUGA